AUGUCGGAUGUUGAAGAACACAACCACAAAUACCUAAAAUCCGCCAGCCCCUUGACUCUGCUCCGAGGCAACCAUCGGGAUCCUAGCGACAUUCACGAUCUGGCCCAUAGUUCCCAGGCCCCCGUCUCUUCGUCCUCCGACCCGACACUGACCUCCAAGACCUUACCGACCAUGGCCCAGCCGCCUUCGCAGGCGUCCUUGAGCCACCACAGCUCAAAACCCUCCAUUUCGUCGACGACCCUUGCCCGCAGCCAAUCGACCCAUGCCUCACCGCCCCGGACCUCGAUCGAUAACAAAGCCGCGACUCUCGAGCAAUCGGUGCGCAAAUUCCGAAUAGUUGAGGCUCUGAGAAAUGGCGAUACUGCUUCCAUCUCGAAAGCUCUCCGCGACAACGCCGAAGGAGGCUCUCGCACUAGCAUCUCGUCCAUCUCGGGCAUCGGAGGCGGACUUCAAGAUACAACUAUCCUUCACCUUGCCAUCCAGUGCGCCGAGUACCCGGUUGUCGAAUACAUAUUAUCGAAUGGAGCUGGCCUAAUUGAUAUCAAUGCCCGGGAUAAGGACGGUAACACUCCGCUCCACAUUGCCUCUGGCCAAGGCCGCACCCCGAUCGUUCGACUCCUGCUGGAGCAAGAAGCCAUCAACGACGCCAUUGCGAAUCACCAAGGACGCUUGCCCAUUGACAUUUCAAGAAAUCCCGAAAUUUUCCAGCAGCUUCAACUCGCCCGGUCCCUCUUCACCGAGGCCAAGGUUCACCAAAUCCAGGAGCUCGUCAACCGUGAGGACUAUGGCACGCUCAAAGAGGUCCUCGAAGAGAGCCGCCUCAAAACUGUGCUCGACAUCAACAGCUCCGACUUUGUAUCCGACCCAGCCACUCUUGACUCGGGCGGUACCAUGCUUCAUGAGGCCGCGCGGAAAAAGAACUCGAAGCUUAUUCAAAUCCUCCUUUUGCACGGUGCUGACCCGUUUCGGCGUGACCGAAAAGGAAAGCUUCCUCAGGACGUGACUAAAGAUGACGUUACGAGGGCAAUGCUGAAGCGGUCCCCGGCCGCCGUGGCAGCGCAGCGAGGGAUCCAAGAGAAGGCUGUCCUCGGGCAUGCGGCCUCCCAAGGGGCAUCUUCUGCAACGGCUGGUGAUCCGCUUGUAGGAAGAGAGGCCAGGGAGAUGAAGGGCUAUCUCAAAAGGUCUGCCUGCCGAGGCGCUAUCAACAUGCGAAUCGCGCGCCUCCAUAUGAGUGCCGACGAAAAGACGAAAUUUGAAAUCAUUGGCAAAUCCUCCGUCAAGUACACCCUCAAGGCAAACCACGAGGUCGAGGCGAAGCGCUGGUUCUGGGCGCUGAACAAUUCCAUCCAGUGGACCAAGGAUCAAGCCAGGGAGGAAGAACGGCAAAAGGCACGGGCCGCAGAGCUCCUGAAGCUAGCAAAGGCCGACCGUAGCGGCUCGUCCGAUCUGUCAGCCCAGCACUCCACAGAGAAUCUAAGCGUCUCCGAGGCGAACCGAAGCAGUGUCCAGAUCAACAGGGGAUCUAUCUCCAAGGUAAUGACUGGGGCUAGCACAAUCGGUAGUAUUGAUGACGAUGCAGAGGAGGAAGACGCUGCUACUGAUGCCGGACUUUCAAGGCUCACGAGCGGCGGUCCGCUUAUUCCAGGAGACCUAGAUGAUGAUGAUGAUGACGACGAAGACGCUAGCCGCCGCAACAGCGCCGCCGCUGCCUCAAAGGAUGCGCUAAAUAUCACAGCGCAGUCCGCCAGAAUCCAGCUGGAGACCAUCUCUGCCGUCAAUGCUUCCCUCAUGGCCACAGCGGCUAAGAACCCCCAGUUGCCGAUUAGUGACCCUGCCGUCUCCCAGGCCCUCUCCACCUAUGAUGGGGCCAUCAGGACGCUAACCGAGCUAGUGGGUAGUCUACUAAAGAUUUCGAAAGAUCGCGACUCCUUCUGGCAGUACCGGUUCGACCGGGAAGUGCACCUGAGGCGAAUGUGGGAGGAGAGCAUGGCCAAGGUGGCGCGGGAGCAAGAAGCCUUGGAGGCCAAGUUUGGAGAGGCUGAAAUGAAGCGUAGACUCACUAAGAAGGCCCUUAGAGAGGCCAUGAUUGGUGGGACGGAAGCCGUUGAGGAUGAAGGACCCGAAGAAGACGCCUUUGAGGACGCCGGCGACGGCGGCUCCUCAAGUCUCCUACGAGAAAAGUCGGUUGUCGUGUCUGGAGGUAUCGAUAUCAGCUCCUCCUUUAAGGGAUACGAGAACGGCAUCAGAAAGCGACUGAAGAUGGAUGCUGAUGACAGGCCCAAAAUUUCUCUAUGGGGCAUUCUCAAAUCCAUGAUCGGCAAGGACAUGACCAAGAUGACGUUGCCGGUAUCCUUCAACGAACCCACCUCCUUGCUGUAUCGAUGCGGCGAAGACAUGGAAUACGCGGACUUGCUCGACCUUGCCGCGGAGCGAUCUGAUUCCAUAGAACGACUCCUUUACGUCUCCGCCUUUGCUGCUAGCGAGUACGCAUCCACUAUUGGGAGGGUAGCAAAGCCCUUUAACCCUCUCCUUGGUGAAACCUUUGAAGUCCCCGAACUGGUCCUAUUACGGAGAGUCGGCGGUCAAAUCCAAGUUCUACGGCAAGUCAUUCGACAUCAACCCCUUGGGGACGUGGUUCCUCAAGCUCCGACCGCUCUCGGGGGCAAGGAGGACCUCUACACGUGGAAAAAGGUGACUUCUUCUGUCAUCGGUAUCAUCACGGGUAACCCCACGGUCGACAAUUACGGACCCAUGGAGGUCAAGAACUGGACAACCGGUGAAAUCUGCUAUAUUGACUUUAAGCCCCGUGGAUGGAAGGCGUCGAGCGCCUACCAAAUUUCUGGCAAGAUUGUCGAUGCCAGUGGCCACGUUUGCUUUAGUCUAGGUGGACGGUGGAACUCAAAACUGUAUGCCCGUCGUACGCCUGGAUACGAGGCCAAGGUGGAUGAGCCCGCAGACAAUGCUUCGACGCACCGGGGUAGUCUGAGCGACCCAAGCAGCGCUUUCCUAAUUUGGAAGGCGAAUCCACGCCCCAGCGGCAUCCCCUUCAAUUUGACGCCCUUUGUGUUGACGUUCAACCACAUCGAUGACAAUCUCCGUAAAUGGAUAGCGCCUACCGAUUCUCGUCUCCGGCCGGACCAACGUGCCAUGGAAGACGGCGAGUACGAUCUCGCGGCAACGGAGAAGAACCGUCUCGAAGAAGCGCAGCGUGCCAGGCGCCGGAUCCGGGAGUCGCAAGGCGAAGAAUUCGUUCCGGCCUGGUUCACCAAAGCCCGGUGCGAAAUUACUGGUGAGGAGUAUUGGAAGUUCAACGGCGAGUACUGGGAAAGGAGAGCCAAGUUCGGCGAGGGCGACGAGACGGCUUGGGAUGGAUUAGAACCCGUCUUCGAAGAUUGCAAUGCCAGCGCGCCGCCUCGACGUGCUACCACGAUGAGCAUGGCGUAA